UUUAAUGUGGCAUUUCCUGUAACUACAAGUUGUCUAACAAUUUUUUUUUUUUCCAGGAAACUGAAGAAUAGAGUGGCUGCACAGACUGCCCGUGACAGAAAAAAGAUGAGAAUGGACCAACUAGAAGCACAGCUUUCUGAGAUGUCUGAUCACAUUUCAGAAUUGACAGACCUCACUAAACUACUAACUGAGCAAAAUGCAGCUUUGCAGGAGAAGUUGACUAGGUGUACUUGCGACUUGGCAGAAUACAGAGAGUCGAUUCCUAUAAGUAGGAAAACCACUAACCGUGAACCACAAAAUGCUGAGGUGGAGGGAGUCGUGAUCCCUGUCAACGUCCCAUGUUGGAUCAGCCGUAUCCUUAACCCUGCAGCGGGCAGUUGGGACAUUGGCAGUAAUGAGGAUCAUGGUGCUCUCCACACUCUGUUUCCAGUGGAUAAUAACUGCAGCCUUGGGUCUGAUGUACACAGAAAUAGUUUCUUCUGCAAAGAGCAGGCAAAUGCCAUCUCAGAGCAGUCAACCCCAACACUCCCUGCCAGUGAAAAAGAGAACAGCUGGUCUCAAAUGGUGGGGACCACAACAACAGAUGUGGAAUCCAACUGGGAUAUAGCAGAUCAUGACUACACUAGAGGAUAUCAUUCAAAAGAGGGCCUAAAUGAAAGACUUACUCCUGCUGAAGAGGACCUUAUUUCUCAGUUAACCAAUGCACUGGAUGAAGUUCCUUCCCAGAGUGUUAAAAAAGUGUCGCCAGGUGUUGCAUCACUCAAACUAAAAUGUCAAACCGAAGAUGUAGGUACUCCAGACAUUUUGAAAGAUUUCCUAGAUUUUGACUCUCUUGCAAAUGUAACUAUAGCCACAAAUGACAAUGAGAAGUGUCCAGGUACACAGCAAUCUCCUUACAGAGUGCCUUCACCCAUUAGUAAGGAGCAGAUACUAGAGUUUCUUCAAGAUAAAGUGAAUAGUUGUAGUUCAGAAUCUCUCUUAGAUUCAGAGUCUGGAUAUGGAUCUAUUUCAUCACCACAAUCGCUGAGAUCACAAGAGAAGUUCUCCCCCACAACCUUCCACCCUUUGUGUUUUGAAGGUAAGUUGGACUCGAUAUGA